AUGGCCCUGUGCCUGGCACUGUCCCCUGGGCAGGGGGCUGCCAGGAGAGCCUUAAGGAAGCUCAUAACCUGCCACGGGGACACUUUCUGGAGUUUAGUUCCAGCUAGGGCCCUGCGGGCCUUCCGAACUCACCCGAUAAAGCACACAGACUAUCUGCAUCACAGCAUCGUGGACACCAUGCACUAUCAGGAAAGCCUGCCCAGGCUGCCUAUUCCCGAUCUUGUAGAUUCAGUAAGAAGAUAUCUACGUGCCCAAAAGCCUAUUUUAGAUGAUGACCAGUUCAGGAAAACAGAACUUUUGAGUCAUUCUUUUAAAUACGGUAUUGGAAAAGAUCUGCAUGAAGAGCUGGUGGCCUUGGAUGAGCUCCAUCAGGACACCAGCUACAUCUCAGCAAUGUGGAUCGAUGCCUUUUUGGCUCUUCGUGAUUCUAUAGCUUUCCACAGUAAUGCAGCUCUCGCCUUCCAAGCAGAUCCAAACCCAGAACAGAAUGACCAGCUCACCCGAGCGACCAACCUGACCAUGUCAUCAAUCCGGUUCCUGAAGACUUUCAGGGCUGGAUACCUUGAGCCAGAGGUCAUGCAUUUGUACCCAGAGAAGACCGACAAUGAACAAUUCAAGAAACUCAUUCAGUUCAUCUCUCCAGACAUCGUGUGCACAGCGGCCUCCAUGGUGAGCGCCUAUCCUCUGGAUAUGUCUCAGUUCUACAGGCUUUUCAACACAACCCGUGUUCCCCUCCCCAAGAAGGAUGAGUUGAUCACCGAUGAAAGUGGGAUGCACAUUUUGGUGAUACGAAAUGGGAAUUUUUAUGCCUUCAAUGUCCUGGAUGGCGAUGGGAAUAUUGUGAAGGCCUCAGAAAUCCAUGCCCACUUGAAGUACAUUCUGUCAGACGAAAGUCCCACCCCCGAAUUCCCCCUGGGAUACCUGACCAGUGAAAACAGAGACACCUGGGCCCAGAUGCGGAAUGAGCUGUUGCAAAAUGGCAACGAAGAGGCCCUAAGACUUGUGGAAACGGCCAUCUUCAGCCUGUGUCUAGACGACUUCCCUGUUUCAGAUAUUGACCAAUUAGUUCAGACCCUCCACCACGGGGACGGGAUGAACCGCUGGUUUGACAAGUCCUUCAACUUAAUCCUCACCAAGGACGGCUCUGCAGGCGUCAACCUGGAGACCUCUUGGGGGGAUGGUGUGGCAGUGAUCCGCUUCAUGAGUGAGAUCUUUAAAGACAGCACCCAGGAGCCCAUGGUCACCCCCCACUCCUACCUGGCUAACGUGGACUCCUCUUACUUCGUGAGGAAGCUAGACUUCAACCUGAACGACACCUUAAGAGAAGCCAUUUCGAAAGCCAAGGAAAACUUUGAAGCUAUGAAGAAAUCCUUGACGUUUCAGUGCUUCCGCUUUGAGAAGGGAGGGAAAACCUUCCUGAAGAGGCAGAAGGUGAGCCCGGACGCCAUGAUCCAACUCUCUUUUCAGAUGGCUUUCCUUUCGCUCUAUGGGCAGACGGUACCGACCUACGAGGCGUGUAGCACCGGGACCUUCAAGCACGGCCGGACGGAGAUCAUUCGUCCUGCCUCCGUCUACACCAAGAGGUGCUCCGAGGCUUUCAUCAGGGAGGCCUACCGGUACAAAGUGAGGGACCUUCGGAAUAUGCUGUCUGACUGUUCAGAGUACCACGUACGACUGAUCCGAGAGGCCGCCAUGGGUCAGGGAUUCGACAGGCACUUGUUUGCCCUCAGGUUCCUGGCAGCAGCAAAGAGAGGCCCCUUGAUCCCCGACUUCUUCCAGGAUCCUGCGUAUUCUUAUCUCAAUGAAAAUAUCCUCUUGACCAACACACUGAGCAGCCCCUUGGUAGCCAACAUCGCUUUUGCACCAGUAGUUCCCGAUGGCAUCUCGGUGGGGUAUUCGGUUCACCAAGACUACCUGAAGUUCACGGUCGCCUCCUACUGUGGUAGAAAUGUGGGCGAGUUCAAUCAGGGAGUGACAAAAUGCUUAGAAAAUAUUUUCAGUGUUCUAGAAGGCAGACCCAUUCAUAGCUAA